CGCUUUGCACGCAUCAUUAAGCAUAAGAAAUGUGAAAGAGAACAUACAUGUAUAUAACCUAGAAAACCAUAUAACAUUAAACCCUCUGGUAUGCUCAGAGUAUUUACUUCCUCUUAAGCCGACUAAACUUCAGCCAACUAUGAAUGUUGACUUCUCUAUUCCUUGAGAUUGUUUAGCUUUCUUCUUUAUACUUCCAUUCUCAUAUCAGGCUUAAUUCUCUUAUAGUCAUAGAAUACACUAUUGAACAUAUCACAUUACUCAUCUUUUAGAUGCAAUUUGUCUUCAAGCUGGAAACUUAGAAUUUUAUCAAGGCUUGUAUGAUCAUACGUUUGCAAUGAUACUCUCUCUGUUCCAUCAUUCUAAAACCGAAAUGGUUACAGUCUCUAAUUCUUUAGCAGUGUAAAAUAGAAAAGUAUCUGGUCUGAAUGUCACACACACUAAUGAAAUAUGAUCCGAAACUUCCCUAUGUCUUUUGCAAAUUAUUUAUCUUAAGAGGGUGCUCAUAGUGUUUCCUUCGCUUCUUGCCAGCUCAACUUCAAUGCAGUAUUUUGUGGACGCUAUCCUAUUGUCACCAAUCAACAAUUGAUCACAUAGUGUGGUAUGUUUUUUUUUUAGCUAUAACAGAAAAAAGAAGCUAAUUAUAAGUAUGGUUCAAUUGUUGUGAGGGAAAUAUGCCAAUUGGUUUUGAACAAUAAAUCCUCUGAGAUUUGAUGUAAGAAUGUCUUUAUGUGCAGAAAAUUUAUAUUUUAAAAUUUUGAUGAAUAAUAGAUAUUAAUGUAAGAAGAUAUAAAAAAUCAUCUUCUAAAGUUAUAUUAAAAAUAAAAUUUGAAAAUUUAUAUGAAUGUAUUUUCUUGUUUUAAUACUAAAUGCAUCUAUCCAAAUCUGUUUUAUUUAUUAAUAUACUCAUAUAAUUAAAUAGUUAAAACGGUUUAUGUAUUUUUAUAUCUAAAAUACCCCAGUGGAACCAAAAAUGAAUGAAUGCCAAAAUACCCAAAAUAUUAUUUAUAUUUUUUUGUCGUCCCAAAAUAUAAUUUAUAUAUCUAAAAUAUUAGUUAUAUUUGUAUUUCAGUUCAAUUGUAGUAUUUAAAUUUUAUAAACAAAAAAUAUUAUGAAACUAACACCAAACAAUUUAAUUUAUGAUUAGAACUAUUAUAGUGAUAUAUAUUUUUUGUGAUUUAAAGAUAUUAUAUUCACAAUGAUUAUUAUUUGUAUAAAUCGAAUAAAUCUUUAGUAUUGUAGAUCAUAUUUUCACCGAUCAAAUACUAUCUACACCAUUUAUUCUAUUAAAAUAUCGUUUUGAAUAAUUCACAAACCGCAGCCAUACAUGUAUUAUUUUCCAGUUUGUGCUGUUCCUAUUACCAAAUAGGCAGUUAGUAUUUGGAUCUAAAAUGUUUUAAACCUUGAAACAUUAUUAUUUCAAAUAUCAUUUUACCUAAAUUUUAUUAUUUCUUAUUCAAUAAAAUAUUACUAUUUAUCACUAUAUUAGUACUAUUUUAUCAUUUACGAGAAGAUUAAACAAAAAAAAACUCACUCAAUGUUCGAUGCAAGAGUGGGCAGACACGUGAGGUUGGUGGCUGCAAGAGUGGGCAGACACGUGACGUUGGUAACACUCAACAAGCUGCAGAAUAAUUGUCAGAAAAGGAACCAAACCAAUCAUGUUCUUUAGUAACAUCCUGAGUAACAUCAUUCGUAUUUUGGUCGAAUGGAAUCAGUUUUUUUACAAAAAGAAUUGUAUGUAGCCCACAUCUCUUUAAUAAUAGAGAUAUGAAAAUAAAAAAGAAGAAAACAUACAGUACUUCAUAUCCAUCUUUCCCGUCUAUCCUCAGUCUAUGCAUAAAAAAUGGAGUUCUUCAGCUUUCGGCUUUCUCUCUUUACUCAUUUCAUUCUGUUGAAUCUUACUCUUGCUCAUCUAUCCAAUCACGAAAACUUUCUCAGCUGUCUCUCUCGCGGGAUAAACGACUUCACCGUCGAACCUAGAGUCAUACACACCUCUGAAGACCCUUCUUUCUUCUCAAUCUUGAAUUCUUCCAUACAGAAUCCAAGAUUCUCGGUUCUCGAAGCACCUAAACCGAUCUCAAUCAUCACUCCGGUUCAAGCCACCGAUGUUCAAUCGACGAUUAAAUGCGCACGGCUUCACGAUAUCCACGUCAGGACACGGAGUGGUGGUCAUGACUACGAGGGAUUCUCGUACAUCGCCAGAACCGGACCGUUCGUUGUCAUUGAUAUGAGAAAUCUCCGGUCUAUUACACUAGAUGUUGAUAACCGGACCGGUUGGGUUCAAACCGGAGCUACAAUUGGUGAAUUGUACUACGAGAUUGGGAAAUUGAGCAAAUCACUAGCCUUCCCGGCCGGUCUUUACCCCACCGUCGGCGUAGGAGGGCAGUUCGGAGGUGGAGGGUACGGUACAUUGAUGAGAAGAUACGGUUUAUCUGCAGAUAAUGUAAUUGACGCGCAUAUAGUCGACUCGAGUGGAAGGUUUCUUGACCGACAAGGCAUGGGUGAGGAUUUGUUUUGGGCUAUACGUGGAGGUGGAGGGUCGAGUUUCUGCGUUGUCUUAGCAUGGAAGAUUAGAUUGGUCGAUGUUCCGACAGUAGUAACUGUCUUUGACGUCACGAAAACAUCUGAGAAGGAGGCUGUCCGAACCAUCAACAAUUGGCAGUAUAUCGCGGAUAAGGUUCCUGAUAAUCUUUUCAUUAGAGCUAUGCUGCAGAGAUCUAACGACACAGCAGUUUACGCUUCGUUCCCUGGACUUUAUCUUGGUCCGGUAAGCGAUUUAUUAACGUUAAUAGAAGAGAAGUUUCCGGAACUAGGUCUUAAGAUAGGAGAUUGUAGAGAGAUGAGUUGGAUUGAGUCAGUUCUCUGGUUUAUUAAAGGAGAAUCAAUGAAUACUCUUACGGAGCGUAAGCGUACGUCGAGAUCUUUCAAGGGCAAAGACGAUUUUAUUCAAAAACCGAUACCAAAAACUGCUAUUCGUGAGCUUUGGAAGCGAGCCUACGCGCCAGAGGCUAGGCUAGCAAAGAUCAUACUCACUCCAUUUGGUGGGAGAAUGAGUGAGAUUGCGGAAAAUGAAAUACCAUUCCCACAUAGAGGAGGGAACCUCUAUGAGAUUCAGUAUUUGGCUUAUUGGAAAGAAGAAGAAGACAAGAACAAGAAUGAUACAGAGAUAUAUAUGAGAUGGGUCGAGAGUUUAUACGAUUUUAUGACUCCUUAUGUUUCAAAAUCACCAAGAGGAGCUUAUGUUAAUUUUAGAGAUGUUGAUUUGGGGAUGUAUAACGUUGGGAUGAAUAUGAAGACCAAGUACGAAGAGGGAAAGAUUUGGGGAGUGAAGUAUUUCAAGAACAAUUUCGAUAGAUUGGUGGCGGUGAAAACGAGUGUUGACCCAAUGGAUUUCUUCUGUGAUGAGCAGAGUAUUCCAGUUCUCAAAUCUGUUGAUGUUAUGUAAAAGUUUUUCAGAUUUAUUUCCUUGGAGAGUUUUGUGUGCGUUUCUUUUUGAGCUCUUCUUUUGGUUGGUAACUUAAAUAAAACUAAUCGGAUCAAAACCAAACCGAAGAUACUUAUUAGUUCUCAGUUACAAA